GACAGACUGACAGACAGAUCCCUCCUGAACAGCCCAAGGUCUCACCUACAGAAACCAUGACGUCGGAGAACUGCAGCCCCCAGAGCUCUACGGGAACCAUCAUGACCUUCCGCCCAACCAUGGAAGAAUUUUCAGACUUCAGCAAGUACAUUGCCUACAUGGAAUCCCAGGGGGCACACCGAGCUGGCCUGGCCAAGGUCAUCCCACCCAAGGAGUGGAGAGCCAGGCAGUCCUAUGAGGAUCUCAGUGACAUCUCUAUAGCCACGCCCCUGCACCAAGUGGUGUCUGGCAAGGCAGGGGUGUUCACUCAAUUCCACAGGAAGAAGAAAGCCAUGACAGUGGGGCAGUACCGUGACCUGGCCAACAGCCAAAAAUACCGGACCCCGCCACACUUGAACUUUGAAGAUCUGGAGAGAAAAUACUGGAAGAAUCGCCUCUUCGGGUCGCCAAUUUAUGGUGCUGACGUAAACGGCUCCCUCUUUGAUGAGAACACUGAGCAUUGGAACUUGGCGCACCUGGGAAGCAUUUUGGACCUCUUGAAGCAGGAAUGUGGCAUCGUGAUUGAGGGCGUCAACACGCCCUACCUGUACUUUGGCAUGUGGAAGACCACCUUCGCGUGGCACACGGAGGACAUGGAUCUGUACAGCAUCAACUAUCUGCACUUUGGGCAGCCCAAGACGUGGUACGCGGUGCCCCCUGAGCAUGGCAGGCGCCUGGAGCAUCUGGCCAGACAGUUGUUCCCGGGCAGCUCCCAGGGCUGCCAGGCUUUCCUGAGGCACAAGGUGGCACUCAUCUCUCCCAGCGUGCUCAAGGAGAACGGCAUCCCCUUUGGCCGCAUGACGCAGGAGGCUGGGGAAUUCAUGGUCACUUUUCCCUAUGGCUACCACGCUGGCUUCAACCAUGGCUUCAACUGUGCAGAGGCCAUCAAUUUCGCCACCCCGAGGUGGAUCGACUACGGAAAGGCGGCUACUCAGUGUAGCUGUGGGGAGGCCAGGGUGAGCUUCCCCAUGGACGCCUUUGUGCGGAUCCUGCAGCCUGAACGUCAUGAAGAGAGGAAGCACGAGGGGGGUCAUGGAGCUAUGGAGUUCCUGGAGGUAAAGUCAAGCUCCAAGCAAGAAUUGACCUUUGGGUCCUACACUCUGGUUCAGGGGACAUCUGCUUUGACCCAGAAGCAUCCCCACCCCGGAUGCCCCAGACAUCGUGUAGGCAGAGCCCGCAACAGCUGCCCUUAUGCUAGGGUGAGCUCUGAGUCCCCGAGGCUUUCAACAUCCAAGCACCUGGACCCUGAAUUCACACUGCCAGUGAGGAGAUUCUUCACCCAAGCGGCUGAGGCCUCCACGAUUCUCCAGGAUACUGCUGAUGCCGAAGCCAUGGACCAUUCACAGAAUUCACAAGACUGUAGAUUAUUGACUGCGACCCCCAAAGUCUCCCUGCCACUCAUGGAGAUGGACCUGAACAAAGCAGACACAUGUUCACCUCCUGCCCCUGAGACCUUUUAG